CCUUCAUUCUCCAUUAUUGCCCUUUCAUAUAUUUCUCUUCUUUCGUUUAUAUAUAUCUUCUGCAGCGAGAAAAGGAUGCUGGGUCAUAUUGUGGGCAACUUCAAGGCAGUUGCCACCGGUAUGGUUGGCGGGGGAAAGAAGGUCAUGGGUACUGCUGUUUUGAUGAAGAAGAAUGUUCUGGACUUCAACGACUUCAAUGCAUCAAUUAUCGACAGGCUUGAUGAGUUGAUCGGGCGGAAAACUAUUGCUCCUUCUACUAUAAAACCGAUGAAAUGAUUCAACAAGAUCCUGAACUCCAAUCUUGGUGGAAAGAAUUGAAAGAAGAAGGGCAUGGUGACAAGAAAGAUGAGCCAUGGUGGCCUAAAAUGCAGACUAGGGAAGAGCUGAUAGAAACCUGCACCAUUGUCAUCUGGGUUGCCUCUGCUCUCCAUGCAGCAACCAACUUUGGUCAAUACCCUUAUGCUGGCUACCUCCCCAACCGCCCCACAAUCAGCAGGAGGUUCAUGCCAGAGAAGGGCACCCCUGAAUACGAUGAGCUUGAGGCAAACCCGGAUAAGGCUUUCCUGAAAACAAUAACUGCAAAGCUACAGACACUCUUGGGCAUCUCCCUCAUCGAAAUCCUGUCAAGGCAUUCAUCUGAUGAGGUGUAUCUGGGACAGAGGGACACCCCUGAAUGGACCACUGAUGCAACACCAUUAAAAGCCUUUGAAGAGUUUGGGAAGAGACUUUCAGAGAUUGAAGAGAAGAUCAUUGGAAUGAACAAUGACAAGCAAUGGAAGAACAGGGUUGGUCCAGUGAAGAUACCAUAUACCUUGCUUUAUCCUACCAGUGAAGGUGGUGGUGGAAUCACCGGAAAGGGAAUUCCCAACAGUGUCGCAAUAUAAAAAACUACUACAAAUCAUUUAGACAAAAUUGUUACCACGCAAAUGUCUCUUCUUUGUUAUGAUUCUCAACAUUAAAUAAAUUCAUUGAAAAUAA